AAUUUGUCCUUUAAAUUCAAGUACAGUUCAAGGUCAAGUUUUCUUGUUGUUAUCACCAAAAGUGGUUACAAUUUGGUAGAACAUUUAAAAAAAAAAAAAAAAAAGUUUGUAGAGAAUGUUAGGAUAUUGUGUCUCCCAUUUGUUUGUUUGUUUGUUUGUUUGUUUACUUAUCGGCGUCGGAGUCCUACGGCAGGAAGUGCUUCAGGAAACCUUCAUCAUCAUCAUCCGGGUCGGUUUGUGGUCACAGCGGAUCCGAGAUGGCGACUCACAUGUCGAGGUGUAGAGGCUGGAGUCGUGUCCACAGGUUUGGGAUAGCAGCUUACAGAAAGUACAGCAGCGGCGGUGGAUACCCAAAUAUCUCUCUCUCUGCGCCGUUGCCCGGGAUCCCCAAGCCGGUGUUUGCAUCUGUGGAUGGUCAAGAAAAAUAUGAGACCAAGAUUACUACUUUAGAAAAUGGCCUUAAAGUCGCCUCCCAAAACAAGUUUGGUCAAUUCUGCACAGUUGGAGUUUUAGUAAACUCUGGAUCCAGACAUGAAGCAAAGUACCCGAGUGGAAUAGCACACUUCUUAGAGAAACUUGCCUUUUCUUCCACAGCUCAGUACGGCAGUAGAGAUGAAAUUCUCCUCACGUUGGAAAAACACGGAGGGAUAUGUGACUGCCAGACAUCGAGAGAUACCACCAUGUAUGCAGUAUCUGCUGAAGUGAAGGGUCUGGACACGGUGGUCAGUCUUCUGUCUGAUGCCGUUUUACAGCCUCGCCUGCUGGAUGAAGAGAUCGAGAUGACGAGGAUGGCGGUUCGUUUUGAGUUAGAGGACCUGAACAUGAGGCCGGACCCUGAACCUUUACUCACUGAGAUGAUCCAUGCUGCUGCAUAUCGAGGUAACACGGUUGGACUGCCUCGUUUUUGUCCUGGAGACAACGUGGAUAAGAUCGAUAAGAAAGUGCUUCACAGCUACCUGCGUAACUAUUACUGUCCUGAGCGGAUGGUGCUGGCGGGAGUCGGCAUCGAGCACGAGCAGCUGGUCGAAUGUGCCAGGAAGUACCUGCUGGAUGUGAAGCCGGUGUGGGGAGCGAUCACAGCGGCCAACGUAGACCUCUCUGUGGCACAGUACACUGGCGGCAUUGUAAAGAUGGAGAAGGACAUGUCAGACGUGAGCCUCGGCCCCACGCCGAUCCCAGAGCUCACCCACAUCAUGAUCGGCCUGGAGAGCUGCUCCUUUCUGGAGGACGACUUCAUCCCGUUCGCUGUCCUAAACAUGAUGAUGGGCGGAGGUGGCUCCUUCUCCGCUGGAGGACCUGGGAAAGGCAUGUUCACUCGCCUCUACCUGAACGUACUCAACAGGCAUCAUUGGAUGUACAACGCCACCUCCUACCAUCACAGCUAUGAGGACAGCGGUCUGCUGUGUAUCCAUGCCAGUGCGGACCCCAGACAGGUGCGGGAAAUGGUGGAGAUAAUAACUAGAGAGUUCAUUCAGAUGGCUGGAAAUGCCGGAGAGAUGGAGCUGGAGAGGGCCAAGACGCAGCUGAAGUCCAUGCUGAUGAUGAACCUCGAGUCGCGGCCGGUUAUUUUCGAAGAUGUCGGUCGCCAAGUUCUCUCGACAGGAAAGAGAAAGCUGCCACAUGAACUGUGUGCGCUGAUAAGCAACGUGACCGCCAGUGACAUUAAAAGAGUGACCGCCAAGAUGCUGCGCAGUAAACCAGCAGUAGCAGCUCUGGGAGACCUGACGGAGCUGCCGUCAUACGAACACAUUCAAGCCGCUCUGUCCAGCAAGGACGGACGUCUGCCCCGCAUGUAUCGCCUCUUCCGAUAGACAUCCCCACCCCCACCCCCAAUCGCCAUUUUUGCCAGUCAGCCCUGGCAAACAUCACUGUAAAUAAACUGGACUGUUUGGAAGCUUACACUAGUGUUCCCUCCCAACACAGAACUCACUCUUGGGAGGGGACUAAUUCCUGGGCUCUCGACUGAGCCUCUGAGUGGGGAUUUUAAUGAAAAAAAAUACAUUUUACUCUACAGUAAGUUACCUUUGUCUACACAGUCGUAGUAUCUGUAUUUAUUCUUUGUGGGCAGGAAGCCAUAUGUCAUUAUUUACUGGGAUGGUUUGCAGAAGUUUGGUUUGAAAGGGACAUUCCACCCAAAACCAAAAUUUAAGUGUUAAUUUUCCAUUGGGGGAAAAAAACAAACAAACUGUGUUGUUUUGUUAAAGUUUAUGAAUGAAUGAUGAUACACUGUGAAAAGAUCUAAAUUAGCUUGUUUAGGUAGAGAGAAAGAGUUCGGCUAACAUCCCAGAAAUGUUUUUUUUUUCAUCUCUGGAAAACUCGCCAAGCUUCACCUGGAGCCUCUUUUUCAGCAGUGGAUGGAUUUAAAAAAAAAAAAAUAGUUGAGAAUCUUUAUUUAUACAACAGCACUUCAUAAUGUCCCUUCACAGGCACAGGAGACACGAUACACAGUUAGAGGAAAUAGAUUAAUAAAGGAAUUGCUGAUUUUUCUUUUUGAUCAGUGUGGCCACAACUUUACACCUGCAGCCAGUUUCUCCUGAAAACUUUAAAUCAUGUUUCUGUCACCGUUGUGUCUCAGUUUUACUGUGAAGAGAUUGAAAUCUAUACUGAAACCUGUUCUUUUGUAUUUUUGUGAUUGUGUUCAUGCCCUUACAAAGUACCCCAAAAUUUUAAAAAAAGUUAAAGUUAAACAUAAAGUUUUGGGAAUUAUGCUUA